CUUCACUUAUCUCCGUGACAAAGUUCCUCAAACUCAUUACAGGGCUGAGUAGCGCCCGGAUCAUUGGAUUUAACCCCUGUUGCCUUCUUUCAGCUGACCUGGCACGCGACUCGGUUCAAUCAUGAUUCCCGCCAAUCAUCCCAUUAACAGCUUUGGACCUGGCAAACCAAAGCGUUCUAGUGCGCGAAAGAGCCGCAGUGGCUGCAUGUCAUUUAUCGACCUCAGCUGCUCUAACUCCAAGAAAAGCAAGCGAUACAGAUGCCGUCACUGCCAAAAGGAUUUUGCAGCGACCUCUCAAGCCAAGCAGCGACAAGAGCGUCAAGCUCAAGAUAGCGCUGGCUAUCUUCCCUCAUAUUCAGAAGCUAUACAAAAGAAGAUAACCGAGGUCGGAAUUCAGCAUAUCUCGCAGGACGAGAGCCACAGUUACGCCUAUGGUGCCGCCGCUGCUGUAAUCGCCGGCGGUGGGCCCUUCAGCCUCUUCGAGAGCCGCCGUUGGCGUUAUUUUUUCACUCGCAUUAAGCCUGGCUAGAAGCCUCCUAGCCGCGCCGCCAUCAUAAGAAUUCUUCCCCGCUUCUAUUAGGAACUCUAUGGCAAGGUUUUUAAACGAAUUACCAGCUCAGAAUGGUUCAACAUAAUAUUUAACGCUUCCGAUAAUGUCUCGGGUCACAGAAUCGUUAAUAUCUCGGUACAGCUACCAGACGGCCCAGCCUUCUGGAAAACAUUUGGACACAGGAGAC